GCCAAUUGCCUUGCCAGUUUUUGCCGAGCCGUCAUGGACGUGGGGUGGUGAAGGGACAUGUCCAUUUUUUUUAAUAUUAUUUUCGUGACGUGUUUUAAUUUCUUUGUAAGGUUUUCUUAAUUUAAUUAUAGUUUAUGUUCCAAAUAUUGUGAAACAAUGAUUUUUUAAUAGGUACGAGUGUUGAUUUGAGUUGGAUGUGUUAAUGUCGUUGUCGUGUGUGUUUUGUUGAAUAUUUCAACAUAAUGAAGGUGGAUGUGAACGUUUGGAGGCGACGCGCGGCGUUGAGUUUCUCGUGUCAGUGUGCGCUGCUGGUGGCGUGCGCGGCGGCGCUGGGGAGCUCGCUGGGGGGCGCGCUGGGGGCGGCGCCGCUGGGCCCGUCGGACCGGCCCGAGGCUUACUUCAACGGCUCCUCCUACAUCCGCUUCGCCAAGCCCUUCUCGCUCAAGCAGCUCGUCGGGCUCAGCUUCAGGACAUGCGUCGGCGGCGAGCUGUUCUCCCAGCGGUUCGAGGGCUACACGCUGUACGUGACGGCGCUGUUCGAGCAGGUGGUGGUGUCGUGGGCGCGGCCCACGCUGCCGCAGCGCGAGGUGGCGCUGGUGAAGGAGACGCUGGACAACCGCUGGCACUGGGUGGCGCUGCGCUACCGGCCCAACCCGCCCUCGCUGCUGCUCGAGGUCGAUAAGGAUACACAGGUGAUAUCGAACGUGACGUGGAACCCCGAGCUGCUGUCGCCGGGCGCGCUGGAGGCGGACGGCGCGGUGGUGCUGGUGGGCAACCUGUUCAGCGGCUGCGUGCACGAGGGCCCGCAGCUGGAGUUCCACGCGGCGCACGUGCUGCAGGCCAGCGCGCGCUUCGGACACUGCCCGCUCACCACCGACGAGUGUAAAGACAGGAAGGACGUCUUGAGGAUACCGCCGAAGGAUUACUGUUACAACGAGCCCUGCUUGAGACACGGAACCUGUAUAUCCAGACACGACAAAUACGAGUGCCACUGCACGCCUCGCUACACGGGCAACAACUGCCAGGUGGACGCCGGCGACCCGUGCGCGUCGCAGCCGUGCCAGAACGACGGCCGCUGCGUCGAGGACUACCCGCGCGGGGACUACACCUGCGUCUGCCCCCUGAACUACCACGGCAAAUUCUGCGAGUUGGAGGAGUCGCUGGACCCGCAGUGCGUGGAGCGGCCGUGUCGCAACAACGGCAGCUGCAGCGUGCCGCCCGGCGCCGACCAGUACGUGUGCGACUGCCCGCCCGGCUACACGGGGCGCAACUGCGAGUCGGACAUCGACGAGUGCGAGAGCGGCGCGUGCCUCAACGGCGGCCGCUGCGUCGACGCCGUCAACAACUUCACGUGCGACUGCGCCGGCACCGGCUACACGGGUGCGCGCUGCGAGACCAACGUGAACGAGUGCGAGGAAGAGCGCGGCAUCUGCGGGCACGGCGCCUGUUACGACACGUACGGCAGCUUCGUGUGCGCCUGCUUGCCCGGCUACACCGGCGAGCGCUGCCACAAGAUGUCAGCGUGCGCAUCGGGCCCGUGCGGCGCGGGCGGCGCGUGCGUCGAGGAGAACAACGGCGCCGGCUUCCGCUGCGUGUGCGCGCGCGGCCUGGCGCCGCCGCUGUGCGCGCCCGCCACCCCGCCGCCCGCCGCGCCCCCCGCCGCGCCCGCCGCGCCCGCCGCCUGCGCCGACCUCGCCUGCCCGCCGCGCUCGCACUGCGGCGCCGCGGUGGGCGGCGCGCUGGCGGGAGUGGUGCUCACCAAGCAGGUGCUGUGCGUGUGCGACGUCGGCUACUUCGGCGCGCCGGGGCUGGCGCCGAACUGCACGAGCGCGGAGGCGGCGUGCGAGGCGGGCGUGUGCCUCAACGGCGGCACGUGCAGCAGCGGCGCCGACCACGUCAACUGCACCUGCGCGCCGCCCUACAAAGGUGUAUACUGCGAGCUGGGCCCGGCCGGCAAGGCGCUGACGGAGCGCUGCGCGGCGCAGCCCUGCGUGCAUGCCGUGGCGUGCCGCGACCACGCGAAGGGCUUCCACUGCGAGUGCGCCGCGGGCUGGGCGGGCGCGCGCUGCGACACGCCGGAGGGCGACGAGUGCCGCGCCGACGGCUGCGAGCCGGCGCCGGACUGCCGCGCGCCGGCCGCGCCCUGCCCGCCGCGCCAGGAGUGCGUGGAGACGGCGGGCGCGUGGCGCUGCGCCCCCGCCGCCGCCGACUCGGCCUGCGCCUCCUCGCCCUGCAACAACGGCUCCUGCCUCGCGCUCGACUCCGGCCUCUUCCGCUGCCAGUGCCCGCCCGGCUACAACGGAAGAUUUUGCGAGUUGGAUGUUGAUGAAUGUGCAUUGAUGCCGAAAAUUUGUAAUCAUGGAGUCUGCGUCAAUGUGCAUGGUUCCUACCAGUGUUACUGCAAACCAGGUUACACUGGUGACAGUUGUGAACAAGACAUCGAUGAAUGUUUAUCUUCACCCUGUAAGAACGGCGGCUCGUGUCAAAACCUGGAGAACAACUACGAGUGCACUUGUGUCGAGGGAUUCGAAGGCAAGGAUUGUUCGAUAAACAUCAACGAAUGCGCUGCUAACCCUUGCUCAGCGGGCUCCACGUGCGUGGACGGCAUCGCCAGCUACAAGUGCGUUUGUCAAGAGGGACUCACCGGAACUCAUUGCGAAACUAACAUUGAUGAUUGUGAACCGCAGCCGUGCGCGCACGGCGGGCGCUGCACGGACGAGAUCAACGGCUACACGUGCGACUGCGCGGGCACGGGCUACACGGGCGAUGACUGCGAGCUCAACAUCGACGAGUGCGCCUCGCAGCCCUGCAGCAACGGCGGCACCUGCGUCGACGACGUCAACGACUACCACUGCAACUGCUACCCCGGUUUCACUGGCACAAACUGCGAGACAGACAUAGACGAGUGCGAGAGCUCGCCGUGCAAGUACGACGGCGUGUGCCUGCAGCGCAGCAACGCGAGCCUGUACCUGCCGCGCGGCGCCGCCCCGCCGCAGGUGGGCCCGCAGCCGCACAUGCUGCUGCCCGAACACUUCUACCAGCCCUACUCCUUGGAGACAGCUAGCGGGUUUGAGUGCGUGUGCGUGGCGGGCACGACGGGUGCGCGAUGCGAAACCAAUAUUGACGAGUGCGCGUCGUCUCCGUGUCGUCACGGCAAGUGCGUGGACGGCGUGGGCAGCUACUCGUGCGACUGCUUCGCGGGCUACGAGGGCGACCACUGCCAGGACGAGAUCAACGAGUGUCUCAGGUACACGCCGUGCGAGCACGGGCGCUGCGACGACCGGCGCGCCUCCUACUACUGCUUCUGCGAGGCGGGCUGGGGCGGCCAGAACUGCUCCGUGGUGCUGGAGGGCUGCCGCGGCGAGCCGUGCCGCAACAACGGCACGUGCCUGCCGUGGCUGCUGCACGAGAACGACCACCGGUUCAACUGCUCGUGCGCGCCCGGCUACUACGGCACCACGUGCGAGAAGAUAACGACGAUGUCGCUCGAGAAGAACAGCUACGCAGAGGUGAACACGACGCGGGAGGAAGGCUACGACAUCUCGUUCCGGUUCAAGACCACGCUGGGCAGCGGCCUGCUGGCGAUGGGCCGCGGCUUCACCUACUUCUUCCUCGAGCUGUCCAAGGGCCGGCUCAACCUGCACUCCAGCCUGCUCAACAAGUGGGAAGGCGUGUUCAUCGGCUCCAACCUCAACGAUAGCAACUGGCAGAAAGUGUUCGUGACGAUCAACUCGUCGCACCUGGUGCUGGCCGCCAACGAGGAGCAGACCAUCUACCCCAUCAGCCAGAACGAGGCCUUCAACGCGUCCGUCACCUCCUUCCCGUCCACGCGCCUCGGCACCGCCGGCUCGUCCUACGCCACCGUCACGCACGGGCCCAACUACUUCAUCGGCUGCUUCCAGGACGUGGUCGUCAACGGACAAUGGGUGCUGCCCGAGGACGCGGGCGCGAGCGCGGAGGAGGGCGCGGAGGAGGGCGCGGAGGAGGCGGGCGAGCGCGUGGCGCAGGCCGUGCUGCGCGGCGUGCGCGCGUCGUGCCCGCGCACGCCGCAGUGCGCGCCCAGCCCGUGCCUGUCGGGCGGCGCGUGCGAGGACCACUGGACGUCGUUCCGCUGCACGUGCCCGCGCCCGCACCUGGGCGACCGCUGCCAGUACAACUACACGGCCGCCACGUUCGGCCAGGAGGCGGCGCGCGCGCACGCCGUGGUCACCGUGCAGGUGGCGGAGGCGGCGCGGCGCGCCGUGCGCGCGGCGCUCGACGUGUCCAUGUUCGUGCGCACGCGCAAGCCCACGGGCCACAUCUUCCGCCUGGGCUCGCGGCCCGGCGCGCCCGAGCCCACGCUGGUGGGCGCGUCGCUGCGCGGCGGCGAGCUGGUGCUGCACCUGCGCUUCGGCCAGACGCCCGAGGACUACACGGUGGGCGGCACGCGCCUGGACACGGGCCAGCUCUACCUCAUCCAGGUGGUGCGCAACUCCACGCUGGUGCAGGUCAAGCUCAACGGCACCGAGUACUUCCGCAAGUCCAUCUCGGCCGCCAAGCAGCUGGACGCGCAGGUGAUGUACCUGGGCGGGCCGCCGCCGCCCGAGCCCGCGCCGCCCGCCGCGCCCCCCGCGGACAACGCCACCACGGUCGCGCCCGCGCCCGAGCCCGAGCCCGACGACGACGAGUACUUCAAAGGCGUCAUUCAGGACGUGCAGGUGUCCAACGGGCUGGACGUGUCGGUGGUGGAGUUCUUCCCGCUGCAGGCGGCGGGGCUGCGCGUGCCGCCGCCCUUCGGCGCCGUGUCGCUGGACCCGCGGGGCGUGCUGCGCGGCGCCGUGUCGGACGACGUGUGCGCGUCGCGGCCGUGCCUCAACAACGCGUCGUGCGCGCUCACGUGGAACGACUACACGUGCGCGUGCCCGCGCGGGUACAAGGGCAAGCAGUGCGGCGAGGUGGAGUUCUGCCAGCUGCAGGGCUGCCCGCUCAACUCGCACUGCCGCAACCUGGACCGCGGCUACGAGUGCGUGGCCAACGCCACGUUCGACGGCGCCGACACCGCGCUCGGCUACCGCCUGCGCCAGCCGCGCGCCGCCGACGCGCUGGCGCCGCUGCAGCCGCCCGCCGCGCUCACGCUCACCUACCGCAGCAAGGUGGGCGGCACGCUGCUGCGCGCCGAGCGCGGCGGCGCCGUGUUCAGCGUGGGCCUGUACGAGGGGCAGGUGGGCGUGCAGUGGCGCCUGGGCGGGCUGCCGGCGCAGCGCCGCAUGCGCGUGCGCCGCCCGCCGCACGCCUGGGUCACGCUGCGGCUGGCGGUGGCGGCGGGCCGCCUCACGGGCGCCUUCGUGGACGCCGACGGCCGCGAGGAGGUGGGGCUGGAGCACGACAUCGACGUGGCGGCGUGGCAGCGCCUGCUCACCGACGGCUACAUCACGCUGGGCGGCGUGCGCGCGCCCACCGCGCCCACCGCGCCCACCGCGCCCACCACCGCCCACACCACGCCGCCGAUGGAGAACACCACAGAUCCGAGUGUGACGGAAUAUUCAGAGGACGAUGAGUUUGUAGAUGACAAUGUGGCCGGAGAAUACUUUAAAGGCUGCCUGGGCGCCGUGCACGUGGGCUCGCUGCUGCUGCCGUUCUUCACGGAGGAGGAGCUGUUCGUGGGGUCGGCGGCGGCGCUGCUGGCCGCGCAGCCGCACUACGCGCUGCUGGCGGGCGCGCCGUGGGGCGCGGCGGCCGGCGUGGGCUGCGUGCUGUGCGUGGAGGCGCAGUGCGAGCGCGGCGCGCACUGCGCCGACGUGCGCAACUCGUACGCCUGCGCCUGCCCGCCCGGCUACGCGGGCGACUACUGCCAGACCGACAUCGACGAGUGCGCGGCGCACCAGUGCCAGAACGGCGCCACGUGCGUGGACCGCGUGGCGGCCUACGCCUGCCGCUGCGCCGCCGGCUUCGACGGGCCCUACUGCGAGCGCGACGUGGACGAGUGCGAGAGCGCGCCCUGCCUGCACGCCGGCACGUGCCGCGACGAGCGCGGCGGCUUCCGCUGCGACUGCGCCGCCGACUGGCGCGGCGCGCGCUGCGAGCUGCCGCGCGUGCGCACGUGCGCGCACCAGCCCUGCGCGCCGCCGCCGCGCGCGCUCUGCACCGACGUGCCCGACACCGCGAACGGCAACAACUACACGUGCACGUGCGCGGAGGGCUGGGAGGGCGUGCACUGCGAGCUGGCGUUCUGCGAGGUGACGCCCUGCGCCAACGGACAGUGCGACACGGACGCGCAGCCGCCGACAUGCGCCUGCGACGCCGGCUGGAGCGGGCGGCUGUGCGCGGAGGAGCGCGACGAGUGCGCGGGCGCCGCGGCGUGCCUGCACGGCGGCCGCUGCGUGCCGCGCCGCCGCCCGCCCGUCUGCGAGUGUCCUCCAGAGUGGCGCGGCGCGCGCUGCGAGGAGGACGUGGACGAGUGCGCGGAGGGCGGCGUGGACUGCGGGCCCGGCCGCUGCGUCAACACGCCCGGCGCCUACACAUGCGAGUGUCCGGAGGGCUACUGCGGCAACGGCUGCGCGCUGCCCGACCCGUGCGCGGAGCGGGCGCCGGGCGAGCCGGGCGAGGCGGACGAGGCGGGCGAGGCGCGGCACGGGCCCUGCCGGCACGGCGGCCGCUGCUCGCAGCGCUGCGCCGCCGCCGUCGACUACGAGUGCGCGUGCGCCGACGGCUGGGCCGGCGCCAACUGCACGCAGCAGGGCGUGUCGGCGCAGAGCGGCGGCGUGAGCAGUGCGGCGCGCUGGGCGCUGGGCGCGGGCGGCGCGCUGCUGGCGCUGGCGCUGGGCGGCGCGGCGCUGGCGGCGCUGGCGGCGCAGGCCCGGCGCAAGCGCGCCACGCGCGGCACCUACUCGCCGUCGGGCCAGGAGUACUGCAACCCGCGCGCGGAGAUGCUGGCGCACGCGCUCAAGCCGCCGCCCGAGGAGCGCCUCAUCUGAUGACGGCAUCGCUUGGGUAACGCGCGUGACGUCAUGCCGGUGAUGUCACACAACUCGUCCGAGGGAUAUGAAACAUCGCCGCCGACCACCAUUGUUUCGCUGUCGGAGAGAUGACUGCGUGCGAUAUUAGCCUUACUGUGACGUCACCCUCGUCACGACGAACAUCUACUUAAUGUUAGAACGGAUUUCAUGGAAUUUACGACAGUAGGCUUACGACGACGCGGAUUAUUGGUAGACGGUGAUCCCGCGCCAUCGAGACAUUAAAUGUAUGAAUAUGUAAUACAUGUAAUAUGUUCGUGCGUUCGACAAAUGAUAAGUAUACAGUGUGUUCCUGUAUUCUGUACGAACACCGCCGAUGUGUGUACUCGUACUCUCGCAGUCACGGAAGGGAAUUCACUUUACUACUACGCUUACACUUUUAAUAUCUUCUAUUUAUUCUUCUUCUAUCUUCUUUAUUUGCGUGCAAUUUUAAAACUAAUUUUAUACACCUAUUUUUUAUAUAAAUCAAAAUGUUAGUAAACUGAAUUUUACAAUUGAAUAUAUUUUAUCAAUAAAUUUAAUAAUAAUCACUCGUGAAUUGAAAAACUGCAAUCAACUAUACUAUUUAUGAUAAAUUAUUCGAUUUAAGUAAUAAAUUGUACUAGAUCAAUGAUAAUUAAGAAUCGCGAUAUUUUAUCGUAAAAUUAUAUAAAAAAUUGUAAUCGAAUUAAUCUGAUAUGAACUAUUAACGUAAAUAAUAAUUAUUAACUAAAUGAAAUCAUUAAUUAUGUAAAAUAGAAGAAAUAUAAGUACUAAACAGGUUCAUAAUGAAACCGAAUUUUUAAUGUAUUUGAGUAAUCGACAAAAUUGUAACAUAAUAUUAUAUGAUAGCAAUUUGUAUGAUAGUCCAUUAAAUGUAGGUAAGUUUAUUUAUAUAAUCUGGCUGAUGACGUAGUUAGUAAGUGUGUACUGGAGCACCGGCAGCGGCGCGCGCACUCGGCGGCUGUAGACUGAGAACUGUCUCACUCGCACACGUUCACUCACUCACUGACUCGCGUCAGCUAUUGAAACAUGACCCCUAUAUUCAUAAACAUAAAUAAAGAUUUAAAAUUAAAUUUUCAUCAAAGCAAAUUGAGCUUUAUGUAGUAAUGAUUAAGUCCACUUUGCUUUGCAUGUUUAAAAAUAUGGCCCUGAGUGUCUGAUGGACGUCUGCUGAAAUAUUGCCGUACCCACUCCUGACACAAACUACUCGGUCGAUUAGAGGGGCAGUAUACAACGUAACACAACGAGUUAUAGUUCCCUGUGUUGUAGCGUUAGCGAGUGAACGUGUGCGAAACUCGCUGUACCGCAGUACACCGCGCCAUACGUCUAGUCCGCUCUGAAGCACCACGACAACUAGUAGUCUGCGCAGCCGAAUUACUUAAAGUGAAUUACUUAGAGCUGCCUAGAAGUUUGGCGUUGUUUGUACUUCCUAGAGUCACAUCAAUGCUUUAAUUAUUAUAUUCAUCGUACAGUCGGUGCGGUCUGCGCGGAGUCGAUGUAUCUAGUGUGUAAGUGUUAAUGACUGCAAAGCGCCUCCACUGCGGGCUCUCCAGUGCUGUCUGUGUACAUUGUGAGAGGCGGCGGCUAGAAGACGAUAGAAACAACUUUAAUUAACUUGUAUUAGAGUAAAAUAAUGAUUGUUUAUACAAUUUUAAGUAAUUUUUUUAAAGUGUUAUACUAAAAGUUUGAUUCGACACAAUCUAGCCGCUCACCGAGUGUCGUCAUCUCCAACGACCUGCGGACGCCGACUUUGACCAAUAGCUGAUGAGUGUCGCUCCGGUCGUUGUGCGAGGACUGUAUUAUAGUGUUAAGGGUAAUUAGUGAAUUAAUUAUAUUAGAUGUUUAAGUUAGGUAAGUCAACGAAAGCGUGCAAGAUUCUAAAUUACAUUGUAGAGAAGGCGUCCCUCGCCCGCACACGCGCCCCGCGCCGCGCACUCCGCCCGCGCCCCCGCCCGUACAUGCACGUAGGCACGCACUACGUGGAGAUAGUGUUUCUGUAGGAGAAAUAUAAGGUUUUUUUUCUUUUAUUUAAAAAAAUAUAUAAAAAUAAUAUUGCAUUGUGGCAUUGCAUAUGUUUUUUCUGGAGUUGGUUUCUGAUCGGCGCUGGCGGAGUGCGCGCGCGCGCCGGGCGGCGGCGAGCCGUCCGUGCCUUACACACAAGUCUGUAUAUUGAACUUUUUAUUACGUAGUGAAUAUUGACGACGUAACACAUUGUGUGACUGUAGGCUAAGUGUACUAGUGUACAGCGCCCCCGACCGCCGGCCACAGCUCGACCGACAGCUUCACUGAGCGACUGAGUGUCGGCCGACAGUCUGCAGUCUGUAGUCUUGGGGCACCCAUUUGUUAAUGUGUAUCGAUUGUUCCGAAGACGUGAUAAAGUGUACUUAACUAUGAAUACUUCGCACCAGUAUUACCUGGAUGUACUUAAUCUUUUGCUCAACUCUUACAUUCCAACAUGCUAUAUAGUGAAAUUCAUAUAUUUAUUGUAUGUUUUAUUUUAAUUAAAUAAAGCGAUUAAUGAUCUCUUAUAAGGGAUUGUCGUUAGAUGUAAUACAAAUCAAUACUUCAGUAUUUAAUUCAGUUUUAAGAGACCAAGUAAUUAAAUUUUAUAAAUCUAACUAGAGUUGGCUGGUUGCCAUUUAUUUAUAUGAUUUAUUGUAAUCUUCAUUAUGAAAAUUAUACAUUUAAUAAUGAAAUUUAUCCUCCUGUAGCUUGUUCUACCUCUGCUGUGGGCAUUUUUAAUUAUUUUAUAUAAAUUGGCAGCAUCGUUGUAUCAAAUAUAACAUUCUAUGGUCAAGUUGAGUGACUUUACGGUUUUAAUAUAAAGCCUCUCUAACAUAGUCUGCCCAACUACCUGGAGGGGAAGGAGGGAUAUUGGUCAUAUUUGAAAGAUAUGGAUUUAAUAUUUAAGAUAUUCUAAUAGAACCUUAAACUAAACGCGAAUAACUUUAAGAAAGUUCAUCUUUCUGUUAUUGUUAACUAUGUUUUGGAAGACUGAUGACUUUAGUUUCGGUAACAUUGAAAAUGGUAAAAUGGUACCGAAGUCACCUAACUUGACGUACUUCGUGUUUUAUAUUUAUUCCUGCAGCAUGUCGAUGGUCGCGAGACAAACCCCUUAGCUCCUACAUUGUGAUAUUUUCAACCAGCCGUGUUCCGCUCUUCGGAUCUAUGUAAAAGAACAAUUUUCUAUGACUUUUCUAGUGAAAAUAAUUGAAUAAUAUAUUAUACAAUGUACAUAGUGAUGCACCUUUUGGUGGUACUAGGUUAAGUAGUAUUUAUUUUUCACAUUGCUGUCCGAAUAUCAACGACGCUGUAAGGCAAAAGAGGCGCUUAGAUAACUUUAUCUACACUAGAUCGUUUGUCAAAAGUUAUUACGAGCAAAGCGAUAAAGAUCUUUUUUAAAAAAUGAUGGCUGAAACAUUUCAGAAACAGAACCAACUUAUUUACCUCUUUUACCUUAUCUACGCCAAAUGUAUUAUUUUUUAUGAGUCUUUAGUGUACCUACCUAGAUUAUUAUUUUCAAACUGCAGUUUGGUUUUUAGAAAGAUAUUUUAAUGAGCUGCAAUCGCUCCAGCAAUGUUACCGUCCACGUGUUAGUUCGUGACAGAUGUGUUCGUUCGCCCGAUGUCUGCUAACUCCCAUUACUAUGCGAUUGAAUUCAAUAAAAAUACACUUUACAAAAUA